AUGCGUUUUUUGGUGGUAGGAUUAGUGAUAGCGGCAACUCUGUUGGCCCUAAUUAAAGCGGCCCCGCCCGAGCUGUGCAAAGAAGUCGAGGAGAAUGAGGAGAAGUGCGAAGAGACUCAGUAUGAGAAGUACAAGAAGUGUGUGGAGGAGCUGAAGGAGCGCCGAAAGAAGCGACAAGCUGUCUGUCCGUAUCUGCAACAGCCAGUCUUGCCCAGUCUGCCCACGAACUGCGACGCCCACAACAUAUGCGUGGCUGGCUGCCAGAACAACUAUUCCUGCAUGAAUUUGUGCCCUUUGUGUCCAACGUCUAGCCAAGCGAACACCGCUUGUCCACCGCAGUACAACAACUGCGUGACCGCCUGCAAUGGCGACGUCAACUGCCAAGUUGGAUGCCAACAUUACUGCUCGAAUGAGUACAAAUCCGUGGUGAUUCAAGGACAAAACGGAGCAGACAAUCGCAUUGACACACUCAUGACGCCCGGAAGGAACAUAACGACCGUCAUCAAGCUCAACAACUACAUCAACAACACAAAUGUCGUCAACGUGCCGACCAACGUCAACGCCACGCACGUGAACAACAUCCACAUCUACACGAACACCUCCCGAACGGGCGGAAAGUACGGCUUGGGAUACUCGAAGAAGGGCGAUUGCUGCAUCUCUGUGCGUCCCAAAUCCUGCCAUGCCUCGUCCCAGGGAUACCGAUGCCACCACAAGCGCCGGCGAACCUGCGGCCAACAGUGCAAUUCGAAGGUCAUCCACGCUGUGCCGCGAAGAAGAUGCUCCGAAGAAGGAUCUUGCGAGGAAAGGGUGGCCUACGUGCCUCAGCCUAAGCCUAGGUGUGUCCACCAUCAUCAGUGGCCUUAUGUGACCUGCGGAGGUCGGCGUGAAUCCUUCUGCGACGGAUGCUACGAACACUACGGGUACGGCUUCGAUAACUACUACGAAGGUCACGCUCCUCAGUGCCACGGAUGCUACGAUGACGGCUUCGAAUACGGUCAAAUGUACCGCCGAGGACCCGUUCUCAGGCCGUAUUACUACCAUGAGCCUCCUUGCUUCCUCACCGGAACAUGCUACGACGGAUACGAUCUGGAUUGCGGCCCCGGCUGCUACGGUCACGAGUACAUUGAUCCCGCCUGGGGAUUCGGACCCUAUCAUCAUGUCCCGCGCAGACCACACUUCAGACCUCCAGUUUGGCCGGACUCCGAGCCGGAAGACUUCUUCCCGGAAUCCGAGGAUGAUGGCUUCAUUUCUGUGCCCUUGAACGAGACUGACUUCAAGGAGGACGACUUCGACAUGCCCGUGCAGAAGUGCAAAGUCAUCGGAGACGACAACACCGUGACGAUUCGCAAUUGCACGUUCAACGACCUGAAUAACAAUCCUUACGCCUCGAGACCCAUGUCCAAGUAUCCGUACUACUCGGAGGACGACGAAGAGAGGUUGUUCCAUCGCAGACGACACGACUUCGAUCCCUACUACUAUCACUACGCCCAUCAGUCGCCCAGGCGCAUGCAUUCGCACCACAUCAAGCAGAAGGAGCAGACCAAUUCAAACAUCCCCUGGGCAGAGGACGAGGACACGUCUGGUGAACACGAAAACUACGUAGUUGAGAACUACGAUGACUACCUGAGCUAG